GUAAUAAUAAAAACAUAAACAAAACAAUCAUUUGGUUUAUGUGACAACAAAACAAUUUUUCGGUAAUUGAAGUGAUCGGUGGACACCUGACCGGAACUCAUGGCUACCACUACGAAUGGCAACGGCGAAUUAGAUGACAACAAAGCGAUCAAAAAUAAUACAAAAACAACAACACCGACGGCCAAACAACCGUUGCCGAAAGUGAGACCCGAAAAGGAGUAUCAGCGGAGAUGUCUGACUAUUGUUGAAUCAAUGUUGGCCAUCGAUGAUAAUGAUAAUUACCAACAAUCGGCAAUCGUUGACGAGUUACGUUUGCUGGACGCCUGUCGAUACAUUACGCGCGGUCACUACGACGACAUUUGUACCGAAAGGUCACUAUGCGAUCAGUGCGGUUACCCGAUGUGCUCGAACCGAUUGUCCAAAGUUCGGGCGGCUAGUGGUCGCCGAAAACAGCGAUUUGGAGUCAAACAGGUGUACAAAAUUGACACAAACAAGAAUAAGAUUUACCGAAGAGACGAAUUAGAAAAGUUUUGCGGUCCGUCGUGUCUCGCGGCCAGCAAUUACUUGCGCCAACAGGUCAGCGAAGAAGCCGUCUAUUUGCGGACAACGGACACAGUGGCCUCACUUCGAAGCAUUCAUUUGUACGACAAUAGACCUGUUAGUGUGGUUUGCGGUGAUGACGAUGAUGAUGGCAACAGUAAUGACAAACAUAAUGCAAACGAAAUUAAUUGUCAUCAAUCAAAUCAAGAACCGAUAUCUGAAGAAACGGACCGCAAAAUUAGCGCCAAUAGAAGUAAAGUAAAAUCAUUAGAUCCGUUGUCAUACCCCUAUGUCAGAGAGGAAUGUUUGCAACAGUUAAGGGAUCAGAUGAUUGGUUUGACAAUCAGCGAGCGUUUGAUUGAACGCUAUGAUGAUUACCACAAUGACAAUGACAGUAAUGGCAGUGAUGGUGAUAAUGAUAUCGACAAUCAUUGUCAACAUAUUGCCAUCAGUUGUGAUACAAACAAUGAUGAUAAUGACGGGUGAAAAUCACUGAUAUUAUUGAACAUUGAUUGAUACAAAAAUACAUUGAUUGUGUUUUAUCUAUGGAUUGAAAACUCUAUUUUUUAUACACC